AAGCCAUGCAAGCGGAGAGGAAAUGGCAUAUUCUGUUGAGUGUGUUCCUUCUUCUCGUCACCUCAGGCCAGUGCAUGGACAGCAAAGAAGUCAAGCAGAAAGAGAGAAGGACCCUGUUGGAUCUAAUCUUACAGGUUAUCGGAGACAAUCCAAGGGACAAGCCCAUCUCCAGGCGCUAUAGCAGUGGUCUCCUAACUGCAGCCCAAGACAUAAAGCUCUCCUCCUGUGAAAAGCCUUUAUAUGUUCCUAGGCUGGAUAACAGUAGACCAAUAGAGAUUGUCCCAAGAGAUAUAAACCUGAAAGACAAGUUCAUAAAGCAUUUCACAGGACCAGUCAAGUUCUCUUCGGAAUGCAGAACACAUUUUCAUAGACUAUAUCACAAUACAAGGGAUUGUUCACGACCAGCAUACUACAAGAGAUGUGCAAGAUUGCUAACAAGGCUAGCAAUGAGUCCACUGUGCACACAAUCAUAGACAUUUCAUGUUCAAACUAAUUAACGAGGGAUUAAUGUGUUGCCAAGGAAGUGCCUUCAGUUUGCAGCAGUCAUAAGAACAUAGUGCUGUAAUUGUUUAUAGUAUUUAUAUUUAUGUUGUCAAUAUUGAAAAUGCCAGCUGACUUGGUUGGUUUCAUGAGAUAGAUUUGCUGUAUAUUUUCACAUAUCAUGUAUUUUUAAGAAAACAUUAAUUUAAUAUGGAUACACCUAUUUAUUUAAAUAGUAUGUAUAUAAUUAUAAUGAAUGCUUUCCAAUUAUUAAUAUUUCUUAAAUUAACCAUGUGAUGUAGAAUAAAAGAAUCAACUGUGACAAAUUCAAACUAAGAAUUAUUUGUUUAAAAUUGUGUUCUUUGAUGGCCCGCCUUGGUGUUGGAGCUAUGCCAAUCACUGUCAUUGUCUUCAUUACAUACUGUAUAACUUGGCACUUGAAUGAUUUCAGAAAGUGAGAAUAUAUUGAAUGACGACAAUAGUGAAUAUUGCACUGCAGAACUGAACAAUAAAAAAAUA